AUGCAGAGAGCUUUCACAGCCCGCGCGCGGACUUCCGCUCUGAAGGCCAGCUCCAGGAGCUUCAACCUCCAGCAACAGAGAUUUGCCCACAAGGAGCUCAAGUUCGGUGUCGAGGGACGCGCCGCCCUGCUCAAGGGUGUCGACACAAUCGCCCGCGCUGUCUCGACAACGCUCGGCCCCAAGGGUCGCAACGUCCUCAUCGAGUCCAGCUACGGCUCGCCCAAGAUCACAAAGGAUGGUGUGACCGUCUCCAAGGCCAUCACCCUCGAGGACAAGUUCGAGAACCUCGGUGCGCGUCUGCUCCAGGAUGUUGCCUCCAAGACCAACGAGGUCGCCGGUGACGGUACCACAACCGCCACCGUCCUCGCCCGCGCCAUCUUCUCCGAGACCGUCAAGAACGUCGCUGCUGGAUGCAACCCCAUGGACCUGAGGCGCGGAACCCAGGCCGCCGUCGAGGCUGUUGUCGAGUACCUGCGCGCAAACAAGAAGGAGAUCACCACCAGCGAGGAGAUCUCCCAGGUUGCCACCAUCUCCGCCAACGGCGACACCCACAUUGGCAAGCUCCUCUCCAACGCCAUGGAGAAGGUUGGCAAGGAGGGUGUCAUCACCGUCAAGGAGGGCAAGACCAUCGAGGACGAGCUCGAGAUCACCGAGGGAAUGAAGUUCGACCGCGGUUACAUCUCUCCCUACUUCAUUACCGACGCCAAGAGCUCCAAGGUCGAGUUCGAGAAGCCCUUGAUCCUCCUCUCCGAGAAGAAGAUCUCUGCUGUCCAGGACAUCAUCCCCGCUCUCGAGGCCUCCCAGCAGCAGCGCCGCCCGCUUGUCAUCAUUGCUGAGGACAUUGACGGUGAGGCCCUUGCCGUCUGCAUUCUCAACAAGCUGCGUGGUCAGCUCCAGGUCGCCGCCGUCAAGGCUCCUGGCUUCGGUGACAACCGCAAGUCCAUCCUCGGCGACCUUGCCGUCCUGACAAACGCUACCGUCUUCAGCGACGACCUCGACAUCAAGCUCGAGAAGGCAACCGCCGAGAUGCUUGGUUCCACCGGUGCUAUCACCAUCACCAAGGAGGACACCAUCUUCCUCAACGGUGACGGCAGCAAGGACGCCGUCUCCCAGCGCUGCGAGCAGAUCCGCGGUGUCAUGGCCGACCCCUCCACCUCCGAGUACGAGAAGGAGAAGCUUCAGGAGCGUCUUGCCAAACUCUCCGGUGGCGUUGCCGUCAUCAAGGUCGGCGGUGCCUCGGAGGUUGAGGUUGGUGAGAAGAAGGACCGCAUCGUCGACGCCCUCAACGCCACCCGCGCUGCCGUCGAGGAGGGCAUCCUCCCCGGUGGUGGCACUGGUCUCCUCAAGGCUUCCGUCAACGCUCUUAAGAACGUCAAGGCCGCCAACUUCGACCAGCAGCUUGGUAUCACCAUUGUCAAGAACGCCAUUACCCACCCCGCCCGCAAGAUUGUCGAGAACGCCGGUGCUGAGGGCUCCGUUGUUGUUGGCAAGCUUACCGAUGAGUUUGGCGGCGACUUCAACAAGGGCUUCAACAGCGCCACAGGCGAGUAUGUCAACAUGAUUGACGCGGGUAUCCUCGAUCCCUUCAAGGUCGUCCGUACCGCUCUCGUCGAUGCUAGCGGUGUUGCUUCUCUUCUCGGAACCACCGAGGUUGCGAUUGUCGAGGCCGUCGAGAAGAACCCCAGCCCGAUGGGCGGCGCAGGCGGAAACCCCAUGGCCGGAAUGGGAGGUAUGAUGGGAAUGUGA